AUGUCUCGCAAUCACGGAGAGGAAGUUCCUCUAGGACCAUUCGACUAUGAAUUGUGCGCAGAACUCCAUAAUCGCAUUUUCCUGAUCGCCUGGGCUGGAGCAGGAAAAACCCUGGAGAACAGCUCCAUUCCAACCUGGUGGGGGCAUUUUCAACCCUCCGAAGAACUCGCCGCGCGUUACCAUCCCCAUUUGGUCCGGUUUUUCCAGCGCGUGUACUACCACCCCGAGGCUCCGGAGUUCUGCUAUUAUCUCGAAAACCUGAACACUCCUCAUUCCUUGAUUGAUGAACACUUCAACGACAUAUUCGACGGCAGGGAUUGCUAUGUGCAUAGAUUCGACCAAAUCACCUGCAAAGCUGUCUUCGCCGAGAGCCGCGAAGCUACCCACCCGAUCCUCAACUAUGGUCACGGCUUCCGGCCGCUCGAAGACAUCUAUGCGGACUACCUCCAGAUGAUCACGGAGAACAAGAUCGAGGCGCGGGUGGAUGGGCAGUGGCCUACUGGGGAUAUCGGGACUGACACGCUAUGUGACUCUACCUUUGAUACGAUCGGCCCGUGGCGGAUCCAUACGUAUACCGCCGCCGAUGUCGACAAGGCCGUGCAAGCCUUCCAGGACCUGGUCCAUGAGAUCGAGAUCCGAUUACCCAGCAGCAGCAGCAGCAGCAGCAGGGAUUCCGCACAGCUAACCCUCCCCUGGUCCGACCCCGCCGUGCGCUCAGAAGCCCAUCUCGUCCCCAACAGCUUCAUCAACCGCUUCUGCACCGUAACGAGUGCGGCCAUCCCCCGCCCGGUUCGCUUCCGCUACUUCGCCCCGGGAAUCCGCCUCCCGACCGAGGCCGAAUUCCGCGCCCAACCGCUGCGAAAUCUCGAAUAUCAAUCUGCCAUGCGCCGUGCACUCCCCGUAGCACGGCCGCUCAAGCCCACUCUCCUCUUCCUCGCCGAUGACCCCGCCGCCAACGCGCCGGGGCAGACGGUCACGACCGUCCCCAACCCCGAUCUCUGCCUCAACUCCCUCCUCGCUGACUUCGGCGACGACAAGCACCGACGAACCGCGGCCCCGCGCCCCGCCGGCCUGUAUCUCACGGCCGACGAUCGCAGGGUCAAAAGCUGCGAGAACGGCUGCCGCCUGCUGCUGCCGUUUGGGAUCGGGCGCCACGGCUGGGCCCGCCUCAGCGACGGCACGUGCAUGGGCGGCAAUCCGUGGUUGGAUGAGGACCCGGCGGAUGCCAAUUAUGAUCUGUAUCAGUGCGAGUUCAACGGGUUCAUCCCCUUGCGUGACACCCCGCUGCACCAGGUGCUGCAGAGCUGGGCGCAGCGGGUGCGGGCGGGGGAUUGGACUGUGGGGGAGGAUGGGGUGGCCGACGGGGUGGAGCGGUGGCGGGAGGCCGACACGGAGGCUGGCUGGCGGAAGUGUUGGGUCCCGGUGCGGUGGUGAUAUGGCUGGUACUGUGGUUGUAGAGGAGGAUAUGUAAUGUUUAUCUGUGAUCAUCGUGGGAUGUCCUGGAUGAGUAGGGCAUGUCGCACGGGUAACGUUCUCAUCGCAGAUCACUUCCUCGUCUUCAUCUCAACUCUCUGUCUUGGCUUCUGGGAAGAUUAUGCUAAUGUUGUAGCUGAGAUAGAUCCUUGACGAGGACCAUACUCGGUAAAGGUAUAUCGGUCUGCUGAGGGAGCCUCCCUGGGUUGGGGACUCGCUAGGAACGACAGUAGUGCAGUUGUGCGUUCGUGACAUCCACCAUGGGGAAGUCACGGGUGAAAGUUGUGGCGAGCAAUAGCACGGACAGUUCGGUUCAUCCCUGAUUUAUACGCCACAUAAAUUAGCUCGUAGACAGGUUAGCUAUGGGAAUUGGGGAUGUUUGAAAACCUU